AUGGCCCCUCCUUCCAGCAGCCUCCAGGACUUCAUUCCUCACCUCCACCCGAGGCUACAUCCUCACGGUCUUUUCUGUGCCAGUUGCUGCCAGCGUUCUCACACAAAGUCUUCGAAGGCUCUCGCUGUCCCUUCUGCUCUCUGCCUUGUCUUCCCCACACCAGAAUCGCCCUCCACGGUCUGUUCCCAGCUGCGACGGCUUCUCCAGCAUUCUCCUGGGAAGUGUCCCGGCCGUAUAUACUCCCCAGUCCCGAAGCCUUCAUGUCUUCAGAGUGAAACAUCUUUCAACCUAAUAUCAGAGAAAUGUGACAUUCUAUCCAUUCUUCGGGAUCAUCCUGAAAACAGGAUUUACCAGAGGAAAAUCCAGGAACUCAGCAAAAGAUUUACCUCAAUCCGAAAGACCAAAGGAGAUGGGAACUGCUUCUACAGGGCCUUGGGCUAUUCCUACCUGGAGUCUUUGCUGGGCAAGAGCAGAGAGAUCCUCAAGUUUAAAGAGCGUGUACUACAGACUCCAAAUGACCUUCUGGCUGCUGGCUUUGAGGAACACAAGUUCAGAAACCCCUUUAAUGCCUUUUACAGUGUGGUCGAGCUGGUAGAGAAGGACAGCUCAGUGUCCAGCCUGCUGAAGGUGUUCAACGACCAGAGCUCCUCGGAUCAGAUCGUGCAGUUCUUGCGCCUGCUCACAUCAGCCUUCAUCAGGAACCGAGCUGACUUCUUCCGACAUUUCAUAGACGAGGAGAUGGACAUCAAAGAUUUCUGCACUCACGAGGUGGAGCCCAUGGCCAUGGAGUGUGACCACGUCCAGAUCACAGCUCUGUCGCAGGCGCUGAACAUCGCUCUGCAGGUGGAGUACGUGGACGAGAUGGACACCGCUCUGAACCACCACGUGUUCCCCGAGGCUGCCAUACCUUCCGUUUAUCUGCUCUAUAAAACAUCCCACUACAACAUCCUGUAUGCAGCUGAGAAACACUAAUUUUAGGCCAUGCCGGAGCCUGUCAUCUAAUGGACUGCAUUCUAAAUGGAACCUCCUGACUUGGCAAUUUUUUAAUUGAUUUAGACAACUAGAAAACGUACAGCCUUUUGGGUAAAGCCACUGAACUGAGACCUGUGCCCACUAUGGACUGUCAUGACUUUAAUAGGAAUUUUAGUAUUUAUUUUGCUAGAUGAUGUAAUGCCUGCUAACUCUGGACCGGAAAGCCAGGAACCCUGUCUAUGUAUCCGUUUACUGUAAGAACCUCGUUGGACCUAUUUAUUUAUCGGGAAGAGGUUCCUGGCAGUGUU